CACCUAUGUCUGUUUAUUGGGUAUAAAAGGGGGCAACUCCUCUUACAGGGCACAGAGUAACUGGCUCAAGAACAUCCAACAUGAACGCUAAGUUUAUCAUCGUGGCGCUUUGCGCUGUACAGCUCGCCGCAGGAAGUAUCCUCAGUGAUGCCGCGGACAAACUGAAAAGUCAGGUCACUCCUAUUGUUGACCAGGCCACCCAAGUGGCGUCCUCACUUACACAACAGGCCCAGACUUAUGCCCAAGAUGUGUUAGCCAAUGCCUCUUCCCAGUUCCAGCCUGCUCUAAGCAGCUCCCAACAAAACCUUACUGCCCUACUUUCUAGUGCUCAAGAAGCUGAGCCUAAAAUUCAGGCUUGCUUGGAAACACAAAGCGAAGAAUACGCCUCAAUAUUUAACAGCACAAAAGACCAGCUUCAAGCAGAAAUCCAGAGCCAAACAGCACCAAUCAAGUCUGCUAUCGAUAACAUCAGUGGUAUUGCUAGUAAGGCAUCGGGCUUGGCUUCAAAUUUCUCGACAUGCGCCGGCUCAGGUAUCACUUCUAUCAUUAAAGUGCCCGGAUGUCUUGCUACCUCCUUGACAGACGCCACGAAUUUAGCCUCACAACUUUACUCUGCCAUCAACACUACACCACAGGUCCCAGACCAGAAUAACGCCUCUAACCCAACCGCAGCCACCUUACAAUCGGCAGCGGAUCAGUACCAGGCCGCUAAUACGGAAGCUGAAAACUGCAUCCAAGAUGCCCUAACUUCCAGCAAUACAACAGACGAUUCUAGCGAUGCAGCUGGAACGGCUUAGUUCCAUCUAGCUACAACAAACACUCGAAGCCUUACAACAUUCCGACCAACUGUUUCUCCGAGUGUUCACGUCACUGUGUGUGGAUACACAGUUAACAAAGUUAAUAUUAUGGUAUUACAGAGUACAAUCUACAACUUCAUUUUCAGUGAUGGAAAUUUGUUUACAAUAAACACUGAUACAGCCAAUUUUGUAAAAACUCUGUACUGGCUACCAUACACUUAGUUUUGAUUACUGUGUGAGGAAUAAAACUUGAAAUUAAAAA